AUGUACUUCAGAAAGUUGGCAGGACACGGAGAUGAGGCUUGGAGGUUAUUAUGUGAUGACAAGGCUGUUAUAGAGUUGGUUAAUGAGUAUAAAGGCAAGGAAGAAUAUCAUGUGUAUAUUCAACAGUCUUUCUCUGUACAUUCAUCCAUACAAGAUGCUAAUGAUCACGUGACAACAAUAGAGGGAGAAAGUACUAAAAACCCAAAGACAGGAGCUACUGAAUCCAUUGGAGAUGAAGUAACAGUGGCAAAUUCGGAAGAGGAUGUGUGGCAUGAUGAAGAAAUAGAUGAAUUUGAUAGUGACUUUGAGGUGAAUCCAGAUUGGGUUAGCGAUGAGGACGUUGAGGAUCGUGAACAAAUCGCUAUCAAACUGAAAAUGGCAAAGGAAAACUUGAAGAGAGGGAUACCAAUCACAUAUCAUUCGGAUGAAGAGGUCGAGAGAAGACAAGAAAUGAUUGUUGAGGUAGAUGGUGGUUUUGACUCCGACGAGAUGGGGAGCCAUGAUGGAACCGAUGUUGAAGAUGAAGUGGCUGAUCAUGGAGUAUGUAGGAAAAGCAAUUUUCCCAAGUUCAAUCCGAACUUGGACACACCUUUCUUUGAAGUAGGUAUGAUCUUCAACACCAUGGAUGAAGCUAGGGAAGCAAUUACCAAGUACUCAUUGAAUGCCAAGAAAGAUUUAAGGGUUAAGAAGUGUGAUACAAAAAGGGUUAGAAUGGUGUGCACUUAUAGUGGGUGUCCAUUUGUUCUUCUUAUUUCAUGGAGUAAAGUAGCCAAUGCCUUUCAAAUUAAGACCUUGAAGCAGCAUCGAUGCGGGAUACAUUUUAAGUGUAGGAAGUUGUCUCCGGUUACGAUUGCAAAGAGAUACCACAGGAGGAUAAGAACAGACCCACGAUGGAAGUUGAGAGACAUGGUUGAGACUAUUAGAGAAGAGCUUGGGUAUGAUGUGGAUGUGAACAAGUGUUCACGGGCAAAAAGAUUGGUUCUUCACUUGACAGAAGGGUGUUACCGAGACGAGUAUGCAAUCUUGUGGACCUAUGCUGAGGAGAUUAGGAAAUCCAAUGUCAACUCAACUGUGCGCAUCAUGGUAAAUAGGGACAACCCAGAAGGAAAGCCAAAAUUCUGCCGAAUGUAUGUUUGUUUUGGCGCCAUGAAAAUGGGCUUCUUAUCUGGGUGUAGGAAGGUUAUUGCUUUAGAUGGUUGUUUCUUAAAGGGUUUGUGCAAGGGGGAGUUGCUUGCUGCAGUUGGAAGGGAUGCAAACGACCAGAUGUACCCUAUUGCAUGGGCCGUCGUUGAAGUUGAGUCGAGAAGUUCAUGGGAUUGGUUUCUGAAGGAAUUGAAAGAUGAUUUGUGCAUUGAAGAAGGAGUUGGUUGGUGUUUCAGUUCGGACCAGAUGAAGGGGCUUGUGCCAGCAAUAGCCGAUCUUUUUCCAAGUGCAGAGCAUCGACUCUGUGCUAGACAUAUAUGGUGCAAUUGGAGGAAGAAGUACAAAAGGAGGGAUUGGCAAACAACCUUUUGGGAAUGUGCUAAGGCCUCAACCCCUGCAUUUUUCAGUCGAGCAUAUGAGAAGCUGUUAGCACAAAAUGAGGAAGCAGCGAAAGCUUUGGUAUCUAUAGAUCCAAAGCAUUGGUCACGUGCCUACUUCUCUACUGAGGUAAAAUGUGAUUCUGUUGAUAACAACAUGUCAGAAUCGUUCAAUGCAUCCAUUCUAGAAGCUAGAUUCAAGGCAAUUUAUAGCAUGUUGGAUGAUCUUAGAACAAUGAUGAUGACCAUGAUUGCAAUGAAGAAGGCACAAGCAGAAAAGUGGGGCAGACAGUUCUGUCCAAAAAUAUUGAAGAAAUUUGAGGCCAAUGCAGAGAAAAGCAAAUCAUGCCACAUCACUCAUAAUGGGAAGCAUGGAUAUGAGGUUCGACAUUGGGAUGAGAGGUUUACAGUUUCAAUUCCUAGUAGAACUUGUUCCUGCAGAGUGUGGGAGUUGACAGGGAUCCCAUGCCCCCAUGCUAUCACAUGCUUAGCAUAUGAGGGAGAGGAACCUGAAGAGUAUAUAUCAGACUGUUUCAAAACACAGAAAUGGAGAGACAUAUAUGCUAAUGUGUUACAGCCGAUGGAUGGACCAAGGACAUGGAUUCGAAGCGAAUACGAGGCCAUCCUCCCACCUGAUUUCAGAGUUAUGCCCGGGAGACCAAAGAAGAAGAGAGUAAAGACUGUGGAGGAAAUGGAGGACAAAAAGAGACCAAGAAAAAAACGUGUCUACACUUCUAAGCAAUUGUUGGCUCGGGAUAAAAGGGAUCCGGACAAACUCGGUAGAAACGGGAGGGUAAUUCAGUGCAAAAAUUGUAAAGAGAAAGGCCAUAAUUCCCGCACGUGUAAGAAAUCGAAGCCAGCUGAGGCUGAUGGUGGAGCUAGUAGCAGGAGGUCAUCAUCAAAAGGAAAAGGACCAGCUGUGGGUGUAGGGACGUGUUACAAGGCUAACAAGUGCUUCGGCGUCUUAAACCCUGCCUUGAUAGGGAAAAGGAUGCCUGAGAUCCCCAGGGAAGGAUAA